AUGCAGUGGAUCGGCGAGUCGGCAGGUCAGAGCCGCACCCGCGGGAAGGCUGAUCUAUCCCAGUACCGCAGUCGGCGGCGUCGGCCAGCUACGCCUGCAGAAAGCCAGGACCAGGUGACUCUUGUAGCUUUUCACUCUCUGGACUGUCUGGGCGAUAACUCUAAUGAAGAAGACGCCGCUGAUCCUACGGCCCAGGACUCCACAGACCCCAUGAGAAGUUACACGAAUAGCUGCAGUGGUGCACUUGAUGGAAACCAGAUCCCUCCAGUCCUGCGGCACAGAAAGGGACCACGCUCCUCUGAACCCACGGACAAUCAGAGGAGGAGAACCUCAGCUGCCGACAGAGACCACAUCUCUGAUUAUGGGCUGGGGGACAGCUGGGAGCCUUAUGUGCUGCUGAUGCUGUGGCUGCUGCUGUACUGCUGCUGGGUUUUGCCUCAGUUGGACCUAAAGACAGUGCCCAGUCUCUUUUUCAACACCAGACAAUAA